AACUAUAAUAUCAAAGUUGAAAUUAAUGUAAUUACUAAAUACUAAUUACUAUAUUUUUAAAGACGGUAACCGGCCAACAUAAGAAAUUAUAACAUUUCAUAUUUUGGCCAAUUUACUAUGGUUCAAUAUAGUUUUUUUAUUCUUUUAAAUUACUCAAAUAGUUAAGAUGUAAUUGAAUGAUUUAGAUUCAUAUAAAAUUUUUAUCAUGUCUUUUAAACACAUUAGUCAGUUAUUACCUAUUCGUCAAUUUGGUUUUAUAAAAUACUAUAGUAAUUUCUCAAAACAAUAUGAUGUGAUUGUUGUUGGUGGUGGUCAUGCCGGAACUGAGGCAUGUGCCGCCGCUGCUAGAAUGGGAGCGUCUACUUUAUUGGUGACUCACAAAAAAUCAUCAGUCGGAGAGAUGUCAUGUAAUCCCUCAUUUGGUGGCAUUGGCAAGGGACAUCUAAUGAGAGAGAUUGAUGCAUUAGAUGGACUUUGUGCAAAAAUCUGUGAUCUUUCAGGCAUUCACUACAAAAUUUUAAAUCGCAGAAAAGGACCAGCUGUAUGGGGUCUAAGAGCACAAGUUGACAGAAAACUCUAUAAAAUGCAUAUGCAAGCAGAGCUUUUUGAAAAUACUCCUAAUCUUAAUAUUAUUGAAGGAUCUGUAGACAACAUUUUGCUUGACAAUAAUAAUCAAUGUACAGGAGUGUUAUUAGAAAAUGGAACAUUAAUAAGAACUAAAUGUGUUAUAUUGACUACUGGAACAUUUUUAAAUGGUGAAAUGUACAGUGGAAUGACUGUCAAGCCAGGUGGCAGAAUAAAUUCUAAGCCUUCCAUUGGAUUAGCCAACACUUUAAAAAGAUUAGGGUUUAAUACAGGAAGAAUGAAGACUGGUACACCACCUCGAAUUGAAAAGCAAUCUAUUAAUUUUACUAAUUUGAACUAUCAGCCUGGAGAUGAUUUACCAACACCGUUUUCAUUUAUGAACAAUUCAGUUUGGCUGAAACCUGAAGACCAAAUAAAAAGUUAUCUGACGUAUACAAACAGUAAAGUUCACCAAAUUGUAAUUGAUAAUUUAAGUGUAAAUCGACAUAUCAAAGAAGAAGUAAAGGGUCCUCGAUAUUGUCCAUCACUUGAAUCUAAAUCUCUCAAAUUUCGCGAUAGAAAUCAUCAGAUAUGGCUCGAAGUAGAAGGCUUUGAUAGUAAUAUAGUUUAUCCAAAUGGCCUAUCCUGCACGCUGCCUGAAGAUUUGCAAGUUAAAAUGAUAAGAAGCAUAAAUGGACUAGAAAAUGCCAACAUUGUCCAGUAUGGGUAUGGAGUUGAAUACGAUUAUGUGGAUCCACGAGAACUGUAUCCCACAUUGGAAACCAAAAAAAUUGGCCGUUUGUUCUUUGCUGGUCAAAUAAAUGGAACAACUGGCUAUGAAGAAGCAGCUGCUCAAGGCAUAUUGGCUGGAAUAAAUGCUGGUGCCAGUUCCCUAAACAGAAAUAGUCUCACCCUUAGUAGAACUGAAGCUUAUAUUGGCGUACUUGUUGAUGAUUUAACCACACAAGGCACAGAUGAACCCUACCGCAUGUUUACUGGUCGAGCUGAAUUUCGUUUGCAUCUGAGACCUGAUAAUGCAGAUAUCAGACUGACACAGAAAGGUUACGACAUUGGUUGUGUCAGUAAGACACGUUAUGAUCAAACACUAAGUAUACGUUCCAGUUUGGAAGAAGGAACCAAACUAUUAACAUCAGUUUCGCAGACCAUGUAUAAGUGGAAGAAAUCAUUGGGCUUAAAAACAUCUAGAAAUCCAGAGACCAAAACGGCAUUUGAAAUAUUGGGUUUAUCUAAUGAGGGAAUUACAUUACGACAGUUAGAAAUGAUACUUCCUGAUCAUUUUGGUGGAAAAUUUGAAGAUAAUCGAAUUGGGGAACGUCUGAAAAUUGAAGCUUUGUAUCAAGCAUCUAUUUAUGAUCAACAAGAGGAUAUUGAACGUAUAGAAGUUGAUCAAUCUUUACUUGUACCUAAGGACAUAGAUUAUACACAUACAUCCCUUAGUAUAUCAAAGGAAGAAAUUGAAAAGUUAUCUUACAUUCGACCACAAACAAUUGGAGCUGCUGGUCGAAUACCUGGUAUUAAACCCAGUACUGUUUUGAGACUAUUGUAUUACAUUAAAAACCAAAAGAUAAAUAUAUCAAUCAAUUAAGCUUAUGGUACGAUGAUAUAAAAUUAGAACUCUUAAGGACUAUAAGGAGGCAAUCGGAUGACAUUUUUUUAAUGUUAGAGAAUAAUAUAACAUUAUAUUGUAUUAACGUUUCAGCUUACCAUGAUAAGAUAUAAUAUGUGAAAUGUUAACAAAUUUAGAUAAUUAUUUUAAGAAAUAAAAAUUUAAAAUUUUCCCCCUUCCAACUUUUUUAAUGUAUUUUUCUGUUUUGUUGAACCGCCAUCUUUUUUCAUCUCUUCACGAUAUCAAACAUUGAAACAAUAUAGUUUUUGGGAUAUUAUAAACCUGAUGUCCGUAUUGUGUGUCACAUAAGACAUAGUUUAACAUGUUUUAUGUGACACAAACAUUUACUGUGCAUACCGACAUACCGACUUUUAUAACAAUGUUAAAGUCUUACACAGCUACACUUACAUGUUAUUCUUCUUCUUUUUUUUGUCUAGAGUCCGGCAACUAUGGUCAUUAGUUAUUGUAGGGGUUACGGUUGGUUGGCAACACGUGUAUGUGUAGCAAGGUUUUUGCUACUAUGAACCCGGGUGGUCACUGGUCACCCAUCCAGAAACUAGUAGCAUCGGCCGUUGCUUACUCUCAAUCACGUCGUGUGAUUGAUUUCAGCCACUGCGCCGCGCCAAACC